AAGAAAAACCUUUCUUACAAGGUCAUAUCUACAAAAAACUCGAUAAGGAAUUUCCAAAUACCUUGUGACCGGGUAUGCUAAAUAAAGAGGUAACGAACACAGCUGUGCAAGUCGCGAUCGGAUUGAUAGCAGAAUGAAGUCCAUAAUCCUGACAAUUCUGACCGUUACCUGGUUUUGUCAUUUGAUACAAGGAUGCUGUACCCCCGAACAAUGGAGCGGGAAUAUGGAUUUUCUGGUUGGCACUAAUACUAACGGGAAAGGAGGUUUAGAGGUGGGGAAAGUCAAGCUUUUCUAUGAUGCCAAGAACACAAAAAUAGCCAGUUUCUCAGAGAGAGUUGUAAAUGGUAAAGUCUUCAAAGGUGUAAUGGUUCAGAAUUUUGAGGAAGGAGUUCAAUACACUGUCGUGAACGGUGUCUGCAAUACGACCAGACUAUCCAGAAAAGGAUUUACGCCCGCCUGUAUACCUAGUAAGCUUUCUUCUAUUUAAUGGAAUGAGAUAAAU